CACUUAUAUUGCAUCCAAACCCGUUGCAGGCACACACAGCACACACACGCGUUCAGGUUUUCUCACGUUUCAGUGGUCGUUGAAACUCGUUCGUUACUGCAAGUCCAGAAACGUCGUCUGGACGGGUUUUUUUUAUACUUUUUUUUUAUUUUCACACCAGUGAACCAUUUGUAGAGAUUGUUUGUCUAAAUUAGUGACCAUUAUGCCAUUAGCGCAGAUUUUUGGUAACCUGAGCUUGUGGGCUUCAUUGCCGGCCUUCCUCGUCUACUACCUGUUCUACAGUUCGUUUGAAUACGACGAUCCUGAAGGUCGUGUCAGCGACACCAAGACUUUUCUAAACGAAUAUGAUUUCAUUGUGAUUGGAGCCGGAUCGGCUGGAGCCGUUGUAGCUAACCGACUUACUGAGGUAUCGAGCUGGAAAGUGCUUUUGCUGGAAGCCGGAGGAGAUGAGACCCUAGUUUCUGAUGUGCCUGGUACCGUCCAGUACCUCCAGCGUACCAACAUCGACUGGCAAUACAGAACGGUGGCCCAAACUGGGUCGUGUCUGGCUUUCAACGACAAUAAGUGCAACUGGCCUCGAGGCAAAGUAUUGGGCGGAUCAUCCGUCCUUAAUUACAUGUUGUACGUCAGAGGAAACAAACGAGACUACGACUCUUGGGCUGUGGAUAACCCCGGAUGGUCCUACGACGAUGUUCUGCCUUAUUUCAUCAAGUCGGAAGACAACCGGAAUCCUUACAUCGCCGCCAAUACGAAAUAUCACGGAACGGGCGGCUAUCUGACCGUUCAGGAACCGGCGUAUACUACUCCACUUGCGACAACUUUUGUGGAAGCCGGAGUAGAAUUGGGUUACGAGAAUAACGACGGCAAUGCUGCCCAGCAAACCGGUUUUAUGUUAGUCCAAGCUACGAAUCGGAGAGGACACAGAUGUUCGACUGCAAAGGCCUUCCUGCGGCCGAUCCGGCACCGCCCGAACCUCUUUGUGUCCAUGCAUUCACGAGUGCUGAAGAUCGUGAUCGAUUCGACAACUAAACAGGCCACCGCUGUCCGUUUUGAGAAGAAUGGGAAAGUCUAUGAAGUUAAAGCAACAAAGGAAAUUAUAUUAUCAGCCGGAUCGGUCAACAGCCCUCAAAUAUUGAUGCUGAGCGGAGUCGGCCGGGCAGACCAUCUGAAUUCGCUGGGCAUUCCGGUAUUGUCGGAUCUUAAAGUGGGUGACAACCUCCAAGAUCACAUUGCAUUGGGUGGCAUGGUGUUUACUGUUAACAAGCCAUUCGGGUCGCUUGAAGGACGAUACAUUACUUUGGCCACUUUUUUGAACUAUACCAUCAACUCAGCCGGACCCAUGGCUUCGCUGGGUGGCUGCGAGGGCCUGGCUUGGGUCAAAACAAAAUACGCAGACCAGACAAUUGAUUUCCCCGACAUUGAAUUCCAUUUUGUUUCUGGAACACCAGCGUCUGACAGCGGAUAUAACAUCUACAAAAAUCAGGGCGUCACGGAUGCCAUCUGGGAAAGUUAUUACAAGCCAGUAGUCAACACGGACAUGUGGCAAGUGAUUCCCAUGUUACUCCGUCCAAAAUCGACUGGAACAAUCCGGCUAGCUUCGACAGAUCCGUACACGGCUCCUCUGAUCGACCCGCAAUAUUUCACCGACACCAAUGGCGAAGAUCUCAAAGUUCUCAUUGAGGGGACGAAAAUCGGAUUGGCCCUGAGUAAAACGGAAGCCUUUCAGAAAUUGGGAUCGAAAUUUUACGAUAAAGUAUUUCCCGGAUGUGAAGGCUACACUCCAUGGACGGACGCCUAUUGGGGUUGUUUCAUCCGCCACUAUUCUUCGACCAUUUAUCAUCCGGCUGGAACCUGCAAGAUGGGCAAGGCUACUGAUACAUCGGCCGUCGUCGAUGCUCGAUUGAGAGUCUACGGAAUCAAAGGAUUGCGAGUGAUUGACUGUUCCAUCAUGCCAAAUGUCGUAUCCGGCAAUACCAACGCCCCUACGAUAAUGAUUGGAGAGAGAGGGUCGGACUUGAUCAAAGAAGAUUGGCCACACAAUAAGGAAGACGUGAUAAUCAAACCGCUCACCCCAAAGAAAAAUUCUUCUAAAAAGAAAAUGAAAGUAAAGAACAUUUAAGCGGAAAUUGUCAAAUGAUUGCGUCGAGGGGGACCUUUAUUGGUCAAUUUCGAAAAUCUCAAUUGCGCCAGUUGUAGCGCGCCGAUUCGAACGACCUUAAAAAUUGUCAGUUUUCUUAAUAACCGCAAAUUUUUAAAAAUUCAGUCAAUUCUCUGUGCAUCAUUGAUCGCUUAUCUUCUCAUUUAUUUAUCGUCGUCAUCGAUUCAGUAUGCUGUUUUUAUUUAUUUAUGAUUGUCAUCGUAGUACGUCACGCGAUUUUUUAAUUUUGUUUGGUCUACCCUCCCCUGACAACCCCAACAUGUCGGGGAAAAUACAAGUUAAAGAAACAA